GUGGAUGCUGACACACCUUCUGCCUGCGUUGUGGAGAGAGAAGCUUCGACUUACAGCGGGAACAGAGGAGACGCUCCGAAUCUCAGAGGUCCCAAAAGAAGCAAACCAGAUGCCUCCUCCAUUUCCCAAGAAGAGCCCCAAGGAGGAGCCACACCUGUGGGCAACAGAGAAUCCCUGGGACAAGCUGGGAUCAAUCCAGUUCAUUCCCCAGGCCCUGCGGGCACAGGCAGUCAGCCUGUUGGCCAAGAAGCCAAGGAACUGCUGCUCUUUGCAUGUGGCGUGUGCAGUAAGAGGUAUAUGUGUAAUUCCAAGCUAGUCAUCCACAAGAGAUCACACACAGGAGAGAGACCCUUUCAAUGUAAUGUCUGUGAAAGGUGCUUCAUGCAGCUCUCAGACCUCCGCGUUCACCAGCGAAUCCACACUGGUGAGAAGCCCUACACAUGCGACGUCUGCCACAAACGGUUCAACAGGAGGUUCUCCUUGAAAUGUCACAAGAGGAGCCACACAGGAGAGAAGCCCUACAAAUGUAAAGAAUGCAAGAAAGUUUUCACCUACAGGAAGAACCUAAAUGAGCACAAGCUCAUCCACUCCGGAGAGAAACCCUAUCAAUGUUCCAAGUGUUCGAGAGCCUUUCGUCGGCCUGAAACGUUAAAAUACCACCAGAAAACACAUCCAGAAACCACUGCACCCAGAGAAUGUGAAGGAUGA